GGCUACCAUUGAUUUGAGAGUUACUUCCCUUCGACUAAGAAAUUAACAAUUUCAACAAUGGCAAAGAAAGUCGGCAUUUUAACGGAGUUCAAUUAUGAAGACCUUGAAUUAUGGUACCCAUAUUAUCGGCUGAGGGAGGAAGGGUACGAAACAUUUACUAUAGGACCCGAAAAAGGAAAGACGUACAAUUCUAAACAUGGAUACCCAUGCAAGGCGGAAGAGGGUAUUGAUGACGUCAGAGCCCAGGAUCUCGCUGCUCUAAUUAUUCCGGGAGGGUUUGCACCAGAUUACUGGAGAAGAGAUAAAAGAUUCUUGGACUUGGUGAAGAACAUGUACGAGUCAGGCAAGCCCACAGCUGCGAUAUGUCAUGGUGCUUGGAUGUUCUGUUCGGCAAAGAUUCUAAAAGGGAGGAAGCUGACUUGUUUCGUCGCCAUCAAAGACGACGUUGAAAAUGCUGGGGGAUUAUACGAGGAUGCACCGGUGGUUGUUGAUGGCAAUAUGAUAACGUCACGCCUACCAAAAGAUUUACCAGAUUUCUGCAAAGCUAUCAUCGCUCAACUGAAGAAGUAAAUAUAGAAGCUCUAACUUCUAAAACAAAAGGAAGCUUGUAAAUGUGGAAUUGAGAUUUUGGUAGUUGAUAACACAUAUCAUGGAGAGAAAAACUGCAAUAUGAAAAAUGUAAUUGAAUGAGAUAUGGGUCAGAUUUUUUAAUAAACUUUUAUAUUCCUUUCAA